AUGGGAGGUCCUCGGCUGCCGCCGACGCCGCCCGGUCGCCGCUCGGCUCUGGAAAUACCCGGAUGCUUCCACAGCCUGCUGCACCGGCGCACAAAUGCUGGAGGAAAGGCAAGGGAGCGUGUGAGCGUGGGGUGGGGGUGCGGGGAACAGAGAGUCGCCGGGGGAAACGCGCGAGCCGGGCGCGUGCUGGACGGGACGCGACGCUCCGCCCGAGGGAGAAGGGCGCGGGCCGGCGCGUGCGCGUGCGCGCUCCCAGCGGGGGAGCGACGGACGAGUGGGCGGGCACAGCCUCCUCCUCCGGCGGCGAGCCUUACUGCUCAGGCAUAUGGAUCAGGCUGUGAUAUUGUUAUUUUGGCCAGUGACUUUGAAUGUGUGCAGAUCAUUCCUGGUGCUAAGCAUGGAAACAUCCAAGUCAGCUGUGUGGAGUGUUCUAACCAACAAGGAAGAGUUGCAGCUUCAUAUGAUAACAGAUUGUUGACAGCAACUGAGUCUAUUCAGUUGUGGGCUCCUCCAGGAGGUGAUAUUCUGGAAGAGGAGGAAGAAAUUGAUAAUAAAAUUCUUCCUGUUUUAAAUGAUUGGAAGUGCGUCUGGCAGUGCAAAACCUCAGUAUCUGUGCAUUUGAUGGAAUGGUCUCCUGAUGGUGAAUACUUUGCCACUGCUGGAAAGGAUGAUUGCCUUUUGAAAGUGUGGUAUCCUAUGACUGGUUGGAAAUCUUCCAUUAUACCUCAAGAUCAUCAUGAAGUGAAAAGGAGACAGACUUCUACUCAGUUUUCCUUUGUUUACCUGGCACAUCCUCGAGCAGUGACAGGUUUUUCAUGGCGUAAAAGUAGCAAGUAUAUGCCCAGGGGUUCUGUCUGUAAUGUGUUAUUAACUUCAUGCCAUGAUGGUGUGUGCCGGCUCUGGGCGGAAACCUUAUUACCAGAAGACUGUCUUUUGGGUGAGCAGAUUUGUGAGACUACUACCUCCAGCGUUGCCAGCAACCUUUCUCAUGCUGGGAGACACAAAGACAGAAUACAGCAUGCUCUUGAGACAAUACACCAUUUGAAAAAUUUAAGGAAAGGACAAAGGAGGUCUUCUGUUCUUGUAACUCAUACUGAAUUAAUGCCUGACCAGAUGGCAACACAUGAAGUUCAAAGACACAUUUCUCACCAUGCCAAUGCACUCUGUCAUUUUCACAUCGCAGCAAGCAUCAACCCUGCCACAGAUAUUCCAAAUGCCCUGGUUGGCACUGCAUUUAACAUUGAUGAUGGAAAUGGAGGAUUUGUAGUUCACUGGUUAAACAACAAGGAAUUUCAUUUUACAUCAUCAGCUGAAAUAUUUAUGCAUCAGUUACGAAAAAUUUCUGAGAAACAUUUAGAUCACGAAAGUGAUGAUGUAGAUAGAGAAGACGAAGAACGUUCACAGGAGGAAAGAGAGAGGGGUUUAUAUAUGAAGCUAGACCAUGAAUUAUCCUUGGAUAGAGAAUCUGAAGCAGGUACAGGAUCAUCAGAACAUGAAGAUGGAGAAAGAGAGGGAAGCCCUAGGACCAUCUCACAACCUAGCCUCCCAGUGCCACUGCCCACAGUCCUGCUUGAUCGGAAGAUUGAAAUGCUGCUAACAGAGUGGAAUAAGAAUCCUGACAUGCUUUUCACAAUACAUCCUGUGGAUGGCACCUUUCUAGUGUGGCAUGUAAAGUAUUUGGAUGAAUACAAUCCUGGGAUAUUUAGACAAGUCCAGGUUUCUUUUUCUUCUCGGAUUCCUGUUGCAUUUCCGUCUGGUGAUGCAAGCUCUCUUAGUAAAAAUAUCAUGAUGUAUGCCUGUAUAAAUGCUACGAAAGAUUCCCACCACACCCCAUUACACCAGGAACUGACUCCUGUAGACAGUCCUCCUGUAUCACAGCCACAUUCUCAAUCACAUAGUACAAAUGUGAACAUUUUAGCUCCCACGGUCAUGAUGGUCUCUAAACACAUAGAUGGGUCUUUAAAUCAGUGGGCAGUCACUUUUGCUGAUAAGUCUGCCUUUACCACUGUUCUAACCGUAUCCCACAAAUUUAGAUACUGUGGCCACCGAUUUCACCUCAAUGACUUGGCAUGUCAUUCAGUUUUACCACUGUUAUUGACAUCCUCCCAUCAUAAUGCUCUGUUGACUCCUGAAUCAAAUCAGUGGGACUCAGACAGUAAAUUAAGUAAAUUAAUAGAUCCUGUAAAACAUAUGAAAGGUUUGUCGAAACAACCUCUUAGAAAUGCAGCAACUCGUACAUUUCAUGACCCAAAUGCAAUCUACAGUGAACUUAUUCUGUGGCGUGUAGACCCAAUAGGACCUUUGUCAUACACUGGAGGAGUGUCAGAACUGGCUCGAAUUAACUCUUUACAUACUUCAGCCUUCUCUAAUGUGGCAUGGCUUCCAACACUUAUUCCCAGUUAUUGUCUUGGCACAUAUUGCAAUUCUGCAAGUGCUUGCUUUGUUGCAUCUGAUGGCAAAAAUCUUAGACUCUAUCAAGCUGUGGUAGAUGCAAGAAAACUACUGGAUGAACUGUCAGACCCAGAAGCUUCAAAACUUAUUGGGGAAGUGUUUAACAUUGUGAGCCAACAGUCUACAGCUCGACCUGGAUGCAUUAUUGAACUUGAUGCAAUUACUGACCAAUGUGGUUCAAAUACACAGUUGCUUCAUGUGUUUCAAGAAGACUUCAUUAUAGGAUAUAAACCACAUAAGGAAGAUCUGGAGAAAAAGGAAACAGAAAUAUUUUUUCAGCCUUCACAAGGAUAUCGACCACCACCAUUUUCAGAAAAGUUCUUUCUGGUAGUAAUUGAAAAGGACAGCAACAAUUACUCUAUUCUCCAUAUGUGGCACCUUCAUCUUAAAUCAGUACAAGCAUGUUUAGCAAAAGCUUCAGAAAUUGUUUCAUCUGAGAGUCUACUUUCAGUCCCUGUACAGAAGAAUGUGGACUCUUCUCCAGAAACUUCCCCUAGUGUCAGUCCCAUGCCACAUUCUUCAUCAAUUGCUAAUCUUCAAACUGCUAGUAAACUUAUUCUGAGUUCUAGACUGGUGUACAGCCAACCUCUGGAUCUCCCGGAAUCAGUGGAAGUGAUAAGAGCAACACCUUCAGCAGGCCAUCUGAGUUCCUCUUCAAUUUAUCCUGUGUGCCUUGCACCUUAUUUAGUGGUUACAACUUGUUCUGACAAUAAAGUACGCUUCUGGAAAUGUUGUGUGGAAACCAGCCCACAAUGUAAUACAAGUGAUAAGAAAGAAACCUAUCAUUGGAAGAAGUGGCCCCUGAUGAAUGAUGAAGGGGAGGACAAUAGCAGUACAGUGAGCAUUGUGGGAAGACCAGUUGCUGUCAGCUGUUCAUACACAGGUCGCCUUGCAGUGGCUUACAAGCAACCUAUCCACCACAAUGGCUUUGUUUCUAAAGAAUUUUCUAUGCAUGUUUGUAUAUUUGAAUGUGAAUCUACUGGAGGGUCAGAAUGGGUUUUAGAACAAACGAUUCAUCUUGAUGAUUUGGUUAAGGUUGGGAGUGUACUCGAUUCAAGGGUUAGUGUUGACAGUAAUCUGUUUGUAUAUAGCAAGUCAGAUGCACUUUUAAGCAAAGAUAGAUAUCUUAUUCCAAAUAUCAAGCAUUUAGUACAUUUGGACUGGGUGUCAAAAGAAGAUGGCUCUCACAUCCUCACAGUGGGGGUUGGUGCUAAUAUCUUCAUGUAUGGGAGGCUUUCAGGAAUUGUAACUGAGCAGACCAAUAGUAAGGAUGGAGUAGCCGUCAUUACUUUACCACUAGGUGGUAGUAUUAAGCAAGGCAUUAGGUCAAGAUGGGUUCUUCUUAGAUCUAUAGAUUUGGUAUCUUCUGUUGAUGGUACACCUUCACUGCCUGUUUCUCUCUCUUGGGUAAGAGAUGGGAUAUUGGUAGUGGGAAUGGAUUGUGAAAUGCAUGUAUAUGCCCAGUGGAAGCAUGCUGUCAAAUUUGGAGACACUGAAGCUGAUAGUCCCAGUGCAGAAGAGACAGCAAUACAAGAUCAUUCUGCCUUUAAAUCUAAUACGUUGGCAAGAAAAAGUAUUGUUGAAGGGACAGCUAUUGUUGAUGAUGUUUUUUAUUCACCAACUGUAGCUCAGGAUGGCGGUUUAUUUGAGGCUGCUCACGUACUUUCCCCUACCCUCCCACAGUAUCAUCCAACUCAGCUGUUAGAAUUGAUGGAUUUAGGGAAAGUCCGAAGGGCUAAAGCCAUUCUCUCUCACUUAGUAAAAUGUAUUGCAGGUGAAGUUGCAAUAGUUAGAGAUGCUGAUGCUGGAGAAGGAACUAAGCGACAUCUUUCUAGAACCAUUAGUGUAAGUGGCAGUACAGCAAAGGAUACAGUUACCAUAGGAAAAGAUGGUACUCGAGAUUAUACUGAGAUAGAUUCCAUUCCUCCACUGCCGCUGUAUGCAUUACUUGCUGCAGAUCAGGAUACAUCCUACAGAAUUUCAGAAGAGAGUACCAGAAUGCCACAGAGCUAUGAAGAUCGUGCUGAAAGUCAACCAGAGGAUCAGUACUCAGAGCUGUUCCAAAUCCAGGAUAUAACAACAGAUGAUAUUGAUUUAGAGCCAGAAAAGAGAGAAAGCAAAUCAAAAGUAAUAAAUCUUUCUCAAUAUGGACCAGCUUACUUUGGCCAGGAACAUGCCAGAGUACUUUCUAGUCAUCUUAUGCACUCAAGUCUACCAGGCCUUACCCGCUUGGAGCAGAUGUUCCUUGUAGCACUGGCUGAUACAGUGGCUACCACCAGUACUGAGCUUGAUGAAAACAGAGAUAAGAAUUAUUCAGGAAGAGACACCUUAGAUGAGUGUGGUUUGAGAUACUUGUUAGCUAUGCGCUUGCAUACAUGCCUUUUAACAUCACUGCCUCCCUUGUACCGAGUACAGCUACUUCAUCAAGGUGUGUCUACCUGUCAUUUUGCCUGGGCUUUUCAUUCUGAGGCUGAGGAAGAACUCAUUAAUAUGAUUCCAGCAAUUCAGAGAGGGGACCCUCAGUGGUCUGAGUUAAGAGCUAUGGGAAUAGGUUGGUGGGUGAGAAAUAUUAACACGCUCCGAAGAUGCAUUGAAAAGGUUGCCAAAGCCUCCUUUCAAAGGAACAAUGAUGCCUUAGAUGCUGCAUUGUUCUACCUCUCCAUGAAGAAGAAAGCAGUGGUGUGGGGUCUGUUCAGGUCACAACACGAUGAGAAAAUGACGACGUUUUUCAGUCACAACUUCAAUGAAGAUAGGUGGCGUAAAGCUGCUUUAAAAAAUGCUUUUUCUUUGCUCGGAAAACAGCGCUUUGAACAAUCGGCUGCUUUCUUCUUGUUAGCUGGUUCACUGAAAGAUGCCAUUGAGGUAUGUCUUGAAAAAAUGGAAGAUAUUCAGCUAGCCAUGGUUAUUGCCCGUUUAUAUGAAUCUGAAAUUGAGACUUCAUCCACUUACAUGUCCAUCUUGAAUCAGAAGAUUUUGGGUUGCCAAAAGGAAGGAUCAGGUUUCAACUGCAGAAGAUUACAUCCUGACCCUUUUCUGCGUAGUCUUGCCUAUUGGGUAAUGAAAGAUUAUACCCAAGCCUUGGACACAUUACUGGAACAGACGCCAAAGGAGGAUGAUGAACAUCAAGUUAUCAUCAAAUCUUGUAAUCCGGUGGUGUUUAGUUUUUACAACUAUCUUCGAACACAUCCUUUGCUUAUUCGAAGAAAUCUUGCCUCCCCUGAAGGAACUUUGGCAACCUUAGGUCUCAAAACUGAGAAAAACUUUGCUGAUAAAAUUAACCUCAUAGAAAGAAAAUUGUUCUUUACUACUGCAAAUGCUCAUUUUAAAGUUGGGUGCCCUGUUCUAGCCCUAGAGGUACUUUCCAAAAUUCCCAAAGUAACCAAAAUGUCUUCCUUAACUGAAAAAAAAGAUCAGUCUAACUUCAUUUCUAAAAAGAUGGGUGAUGGACCUUCAGAAUCAAAAACUCUGAGUGAUGGCAGUGGAAGUUCCGGCAAUGACUGGUCAGCUGUCACUUCCUCACAGUUUGACUGGAGUCAGCCAGUCCUUACAGUUAAUGAGGAACCUCUUAAUCUUGAUUGGGGUGAAGAGCAUGAUAGUGCCUUAGAAGAGGAGGAAGAUGCUAUCGGUUUAGUAAUGAAAAGCACAGAUACUAGGGGAAACGAUGGACAAGAUCAGAAGGCCUCAGAUCCUAAUAUGUUAUUGACCCCUCAGGAAGAGGAUCCUCCUGAAGGUGAUACUGAAGUUGAUGUGAUUGCUGAACAACUAAAAUUCAGAGCUUGCUUAAAGAUCCUUAUGACUGAACUGAGAACUUUGGCUACAGGUUAUGAAGUAGAUGGAGGAAAGCUCAGAUUUCAACUCUAUAACUGGCUGGAAAAGGAAAUUGCUGCCUUGCAUGAGAUAUGUAAUCAUGAAGCAGUUAUUAAAGAAUAUUCCAGUAAAACAUAUUCCAAAUUGGAGAGUGACCUUCUGGAUCAGGAGGAAAUAGUAGACAAACCAGAUAUUGGUUCCUAUGAGCGCCACCAAAUAGAAAGGCGAAGACUGCAGGCUAAACGAGAACAUGCAGAAAGGCGAAAGUUGUGGUUGCAGAAAAACCAAGAUCUCCUAAGGGUGUUUCUUAGUUACUGUAGCCUUCAUGGGGCCCAAGGUGGUGGUCUGGCCUCAGUAAGAAUGGAACUCAAAUUUCUGCUACAAGAAUCGCAGCAGGAAACUACAGUAAAACAGCUCCAGUCUCCUCUACCACUGCCUACCACUCUGCCCCUGCUUUCAGCAAGUAUUGCUUCAACAAAAACAGUCAUAGCUAAUCCUGUUUUGUACUUAAAUAAUCACAUCCAUGAUAUACUUUAUACUAUUGUUCAGAUGAAAACGCCACCUCAUCCCAGUGUUGAAGACGUGAAGGUGCACACACUUCAUUCAUUAGCAGCAUCACUUUCUGCAUCAAUUUACCAAGCAUUAUGUGACAGUCAUAGCUACAGCAGUCAAACAGAAGGAAAUCAGUUUACAGGAAUGGCGUAUCAAGGGCUGCUUCUAAGUGAUCGGCGAAGAUUAAGGACAGAAAGCAUCGAGGAACACGCAACACCAAAUUCCUCUCCUGCACAGUGGCCUGGUGAGGAUUUUUCUGUUUGUUUUUGCUUUUUCAAAUCCUUUGUUAAAACCUCCAUAAUUGUCCUGAUAGAACGUAGUACCAGGGGAACCAGGCAGGCAGAUUAA